AGCGAGACGCGAGACCCCGCACAAGCCAUACCCCUCCCUGCCUCGCCUCUCUUUCUCUCUUUUGGGCGCCUCUCGUCGUCGCCGACUCGCCCGCGGGACCAUGGCGGCCACGGCAGAUCCGCGCGCGAAGCCGCCCGCCGCGCCACCCACGCACCACCUCGAGCCCUGGGCGGGCCCGCAGAAGCAGCAGCCGCAGCCGCCGCCGUCCCCCGCCUCCGUCACCCGCGAUCGCCGCCGCCCGUCCGCGCCGUCCCGCGCCGGCGACGACGGCGGGAUCGAGGAGCUCCGGGCCAAGCUCAUGGGCCACCUCCGCGACGUCGCCGACCGCCUCCGCAUCUCCCACGGCCCAACAAGCCCUCCCCCGCCCCCGCCGCCAACAACGCACGCGGUCGCCCCACCGCCGCCGGAGCCAGAGCCCACGGCGCCGCCUCCGUCUCCACCUUCGGCCGCUCAGCAGCAGGAGGCGGACAAGCCGUGGAAGCUGCGGGAGCGCACGCGGCGGCGGCCCGCGGCGCUGACGUCGUGGCCGGCGCCGGCACAGAGGCGGCGCAAGCGCGCGCCGUUCUCGGUCGCCCUAUCACCGGAGGAGAUCGAGGAGGACAUCUACGCGCUCACGGGCGGCCGGCAGCGGCGGCGGCCCAGGAAGCGGCCGCGCGGAGUACAACGGCAGCUCGAUCUUUGCAGUCGCUGUUCCCCGGGCUGUGGCUCACCGAGAUCACUGCCGACGACUACAGAGUGCCGGACGAGUGAGCAGCUCCGGCCGGCCGCCAUCGCCAAGUUGGAACCUCCUUCGCCGCGCCUCGCAAGCAAUGCCGCAGCUAGCUCAGGCGCGGCACCCCCAGACUUUAACUUCUAGUACUACUAGCUUAAGUUUAGUCGUGUCGACCCUAUAGUCUGUACCGUAGUAGGCGCUCGUGCCUGUCAUGUCCCCAGCUUAAAUAUACCGACUCUACCUCGUGCCCUCGUCGUCACAUGUUGUUCAUCUUCCAUUUUUUUCUUUUCCCUUUGUACAUUGGCGUGCUUGAUAUUUUAGUAAAAUUCAUCCAUCCUAAUGCAGUUUUACCAUUUCUUGUU